AUGAGGCUGGUCAUAAUGGUGCGAACUUCCACCCGGCAAAUCUCGGUAUGCAUGCUCGUAGCGAGCCUUCUUGUGCCCACGAGAGCCGGCAGCAACUGCUCGUUGCAAACUGAUGCUGGCAGCUUGUUGCAGUAUAGCUCUCAGGCUGCUAAGGGGCCACCGGCACGGCACUUGGCCUCCCAGGCUGCCGACUUAGCUUCCUUGGAGCCUGAUUUAUCCUACCAAUGGCAGCUUUCGCUCGAGCGCGGCACCGUCCGGUGCCCAUCCGAGCUGCGGGUCACGGAAUGGAACGGGAGGAUUGGAAACAAUUACUUCCAGGUGAGCCAUGCCUUGGUGGCAGCUUUCUUCUGCCAUACACCCAGGGUCAGGUUUCCCAAACACCUAGAGGAGGGAUACCAGGAGCAAAAGGGCCUCCUGAACAUGCCUGAGACACUUCUGCUCAGAACAACCGAACAUGGGAAGCUAACAACUCCAAGCAGCUGCCCUUCUGACUUCUCGCACAAGUGGUACUUUGACCACUGUCGACGGGUACCUGCCUGGCAUCAUCGCCACGUGAUGCAGUCCUUCGUUGUGCCUUACCUAGGCCAGCGUUUGGCGGAGCUGGUGCAUGCACAAAGUAACCGGCAAGCCGAAGUCGCGGACCGCCUGACGAUCCACCUGCGGGCCGACGACAUCAAGGACCACGCCAAGUUCGAGUGGGGCCAGCCCCCCUGCAGCAUGUACCAGCGAAUCAUCCUGGACCACGGGUUCCGGAACAUUUUCGUGGUUGCAAAGCGAAAGUCUGAAAGACAGAGAACCACGGCUGCUUGCGACAGCUGGCUUGUCGAGUUUGGGCGGAAGCACCAACUAAAUCUGAGUCGCAGCACCGGGGAGUCGUUGGUAGAGGAUUUUGGUUCGCUGCUGCAGGCACAGAACCUUGUCCUCUCCUUUUCCAGCUUCGCAUUGUCUGCCGCACUGCUUAGCAAUGACAUCCGGGUGAUGUACCGCCGGCGAGAUGCCAAAUGGGACAGCAUCCUUCAGUCGAUCUUGAAUUGCGAUGUGUGGCCGGGCGUGGUCAUGUAUGAGUACAACACUACACUGCAGAAGAAGGAUGUCAUGGACAUCGCGCCUUCUGCUGGCGAGUGGUUAGCAUCCUUCCCCGUAGAACAGGUCUCCGGGCCCUUCACUUGCCAAUUUGGUAGUGAGAUGCAGCCCGAAGAUCCCCUGAACCCUAAGACCCCUGACAGGCUGGUUCAGGCUGUUGGCUUCUUCGUUGACGCACGUGGCGAUUGUGCAGACAAGCCGCGAGCAUCCUGCCGUACAGUGGCUAUGGGGUUUCACGAUUUUGGAUUGUAG